AUGGGAAAUCCAUUUAUAAUUUCUACUGGAAAUUAUAAAUUUAUUGAAAUAUACUUGAAUAAUUUAAAUAGUGAUUUAAAGUCAAAAUUAAAAGAAUAUAAAAUUAAUUAUAAUUUAUUACCAUCAAAAACAAUUUUCAAUUAUCAUAAUUUUAUAAAAUCUUUGGAUACGCGAAAGAUUAAAUCUUCUACUGUUAAGUGGACUAAUAAUAUUAUUAGAACUUUAAAACUUGAUCUUUUUAAUGAUAUAGAUUUAAAAACUGAUUUUAUUGGAUUGAUUCAAACGUCACUAUUUAAAAUGUUUAUUGAAAAUGAAGUAAUUAUACAUACUUUAAGCAUUGAGAUCUCAAAUUAUGAUUUCUAUCAAAAUGAAAUUAGUUUUAUUCAUCAAAUUUUUAAUUUAGCUAAACCAUUUAAAUUAAAAUCUUUAUUUAUAGAUGAGAAAUCACAAAUUGAUGAAUCAUUAAAAUUAUUAUUGCAAAAAUUUGGUGGUUAUUUAGAAAAUAUUGGAUGCAAAUAUUCUCAUAGUAUUAUCAGAACAACAAAUACUAAAAUUAUUAUUGCAAAAAUUUGGUUAUAUUGUAAGAAUACCAAAUUUCUUGAGUUAUAUGAAUUUAAAGAACAUCAUAAACAUUAUCUUUCCAUUGAUUUAAUUGAAAACAUAAAACAAAAUCUUAAUUAUCUUUCUAUUAAUGCAAAUUCAAUUAUAUUAAGAAAUUUAGGUCAAGCUCUUCCUUUUAAAUUAAAAUAUUUAAGUUUAAAUCUUAUCAAUAAUUUAAUUGAUCUAGAAAUAUUUUUAAAAAAUUCUCAAAAUACCUUAAUUGAAAAUUAUUAA